GCUGUUUACUUAAUGUGCUGACAAAUACUCAAUGUCUGAUUCACUGCCAGCAAAGGUGACCAUAGAUCAAUCUUUCAUGGACUAUAUUUUAUUUUUUUUUCCCUAAGAAACUAUUUUUUUUUCCCCCCCAUCUAGAUACAUGUAUAGUGACGAAAUAGACCUGGAAGCUGACACAGUUCUGGCUACGCUGUAUGCUGCCAAGAAGUACAUCGUACCGGCCCUAGCAAAGGCUUGCGUCAAUUUUCUGGAGACCAGUUUAGAAGCGAAGAACGCUUGUGUCCUGCUGUCUCAGAGCAGGCUCUUCGAGGAGCCAGAGCUGACGCAGCGCUGCUGGGAAGUGAUUGAUGCUCAGGCAGAAAUGGCACUGAAGUCAGAGGGCUUCUGUGAGAUAGAUCAACAAACGCUAGAGAUCAUUGUAACCCGGGAGGCACUCAACACCAAGGAAGUGGUAGUUUUCGAGGCUGUUCUCAACUGGGCAGAGGCUGAAUGCAAAAGGCAAGGGCUGCCGGUUACACCGCGCAACAAGAGGAAUGUAUUAGGAAAAGCUUUGUACUUGGUGCGGAUUCCAACCAUGACUUUGGAAGAGUUUGCCAACGGAGCUGCCCAGUCUGACAUCCUCACCCUUGAGGAAACUCACAACAUAUUCCUAUGGUACACAGCCGCAAAUAAACCCAAACUAGAGUUUCCACUGACAAAAAGAAAAGGACUUGUACCUCAGCGAUGCCAUCGGUUUCAGUCAUCUGCAUAUCGCAGCAAUCAGUGGAGGUACCGAGGGCGAUGUGACAGUAUUCAGUUUGCCGUAGAUAAACGGAUAUUUAUAGCAGGACUGGGAUUGUAUGGCUCAAGCUGUGGCAAAGCUGAAUACAGUGUCAAAAUCGAACUGAAGCGCUUGGGAGUUGUCCUUGCUCAAAAUCUGACAAAGUUUACCUCUGACGGCUCCAGUAACACUUUCUCUGUGUGGUUUGAACACCCUGUGCAGGUUGAGCAAGACACAUUUUACAACGUAAGUGCUAUUCUUGACGGUAAUGAACUCAGUUACUUUGGGCAAGAGGGAAUGACUGAAGUGCAAUGCGGGAAAGUGACGUUCCAGUUCCAGUGCUCCUCGGACAGUACUAAUGGAACCGGAGUGCAAGGAGGACAAAUACCUGAGCUCAUUUUCUAUGCAUGAUGCAUUUCACCUUGAUUGUAUUCCAGUACUGCAAUGAUGCACACUAAGGGAUUUUUCAGUUUUACUACAAACUCUGCAGCAGUAUGGAAUGUUAUGCUACUUACCUAUCUGCUACAACAGGCUAUACAAAUAAGUGAAGGAAUGCUCUUGAAUUUAAUCUUAUUUUAUUUAUUCAUAAGCUAUUUGACUUAAUAAUUAAGACUGCAACAAGCAGAAAAAUGUUAAAUUUUGCACGUCCUGUGCAUUUAUUUUGUAUAUAGAUAACUAACUUGCAGACUGCAGCUGACUUAAACAGAAUGUUCUAAACUAGAGCAGUUUAUGAAUCUGUGAAAUAUAAAACAUUUUUACUUGCCCUAAAUCCUGUGUACUUGAUCAUUGCUGAUCUUACAGCUUGUGUCUGUAAUUGUACAGUAGACGAAUUAACAGGGGUGAUGAUACUGUAGUCAGUCUCCUAUAUGCAUCCACACAGGGCAUUAUCUAUCACCGCAAAUACAAAGGUGCCCUUGCCUGGUAGUUGAGACUAUCCAUCACCAGCCUUUACUUUCCUUCAUGAAAAAGGGAGAUGACAUACAUGGAAGCUCAGAGCUUUUCUGUGUUACUUAAGCUAAGACAAACCCUAUCAAAGUUGACCAAAAUCACCCUGUGGUUGUAAUUUGAAAACUGCUAAUGCCCAUUCACAUGCAUCAUCUGCUUUAACCUCCAGCCUGCCCAGCAAACAGCAACACUGCUACUUGUACCUGUCAAACUGCACACCCCUUCAACGGCCAGAGUCAAGAUGAAGCUUAAUGCAGUGACAGGCUCCAUCACAGAUUUAGCCCAGAGCUAUAAUGCUACCAGUCACUAUGUAAAUAUACAUCCUAUCCUUAGAUUUAGGAGAAGACAGUAGAGAAAUACUUUUAAUAUGGUCUUUAAGUUCACUCAAAAUUACUACUUGGAAAUAUGCCACACCUUAAACAAAAGCUGCUAAAUCUUUCCACCCCCUCUAUUUUUUUCUGACAGCAUAGUUCCAUCACUAUCAGCAGUCAUUUUAUAGCUAGUAUCUUUAACUGUUCUCAAAAUGUGUUAAAAGUAUGUGUUUUUAUGAAGCAUCUGACAGUUAUUACAGAUAAGCCAAUUAUAAAAAAACCUAUUUCUAAAACUCUUCUUAAUGACAUAUUCAAACAGUCUAAAUGAAUAUUUUUUCUUUCCAUGUAUAACAAAAGUACCUCUAGAUAUAAUUUAGAAGGGUUUUCUAUUUGCCUUUUCCUAAGCUGCAUUAAUUUUCACCUAGAAACUAAAGCUGCAAUACAAAUCUCUUGGAAAAAAAGUAAUGAAAAAUAAGAAUGCAACUGAAUUAUUGAAGACAAGAACUUUUUACCAGACAUCAAGCUAUGCUAACGAAGCCAGCACACCAUGAUGGCUGAUAGCUGUGCACUGCCACAUGCUAUCUGGAUGCUGUUAGGAUGAUGCUCACUCAGUGAGCGAGCUGCUGGUUCUCUUGCUGCAAAGGCAAGAGAAAGGCACUUGUGAGCCCAGCUCAGUACGUCUGACAGGGGGGUGUGCGUGGUGUUCUGCAACACAAGGGCAUGUGACUCACUCAGUACAGAUUAAGAGGAGUGGGAGUGAGAGUGAGUAAAGAUACAGGGAGAAAAUUCCUGCACAGAGGUGGGUAACAGUCACAAGACUUCUCUAUAAAUGCAUUCUUUUAACUGGAAUUGGCAUGAAUUCCCUUGUCUGAAAAGCUACAGCCUAGACAAUAGCUUUUUUACCCUUUUGACAGGUUAAAGCCCACCCUCCUAUCACUGUUAGGAUUUCAGUGAUGACUUACUAAUUGAAAAGUUAUUCAUCACAUGCUUGGAAAAAGUUGCUUCUCAUUUUCCAUCAGGUCACUUGUAUUUCAGGCACUGAACACCUCUGCUACAAGUGAUGGACAGACAGUAAAUUUGGCAAGUACUUAAGAAAUCUUGCAUCUCUGGAACUGAAGUGUGACAAGCCCAUGCGAGCUUGUAGACACACACAAAUUUGUUACACAUUAGCUUAUUGUCUUAGUGUAGCCUAAACUGCCAUUGGAAAAAGCUACAGAAUUAUCUGUGAAAGAGCAUCUAGCUCCCAAAAUACUCUUACGUAAAGGAGAGCAGGCUCUCAUAGUCAGCAAUGUCAUUUUUAAGUUACCACUUGAGUAUUUAGCACACAAUACUAUGUAUAUAUAAACAGAUACAUAUACGGUCUUGUCAAGUAACCAUGUGGAAAAUAAACCCAAAUACUCAAAAGUCAAC